AUUGCAAUCUUGAAAGUCAUUUUAAUAAACUUUAUCACUUCUUGCCGCUUCGGUACAUAGAAGACAUCCGUGCGGUGAACCCAUCGGCUUUAAAUCGCCACAUCAAACAACCUCUUAUCGCGAUAAGCGGCGAUUCUUCUUUUAGAGCAUUUCAGUGUAUGAUUUGGCGUAUUGCGCGCGCGUUCGCUGUUCUCUAGUCAAGUCGUUGAAAAGCGGGUGCUGAUCAUUCUGAUCUACUGAAAAGAUCACAGGGAAGUUUUGUUUGAACCAUCGGAAAAUAACAAGUGUAUGCACAGUUUGGGCCCACUGAUUGUACGUAGCUGUAGAAUCGUCCUUACGAAACAAGCUUCAUCGGCGCUAGCAGCUGCUAAACAGAGCGGGCCCAUUACCAGCGUUUUCCGGAGAACUAAGUACGGUCGCCUUGCUAUGCCCGAAGCAGCCUCGUCCGAAGCAACCCGGUUCAACUAUCCGGAGGCGCGCCGUGAUGAGUCGGUGGUGGACGAGUUCCAUGGCGUAAAGAUCGCCGAUCCUUACCGUUGGCUGGAGGAUCCGGAUGCGGAGGAAACUCAGGCGUACGUCGAGAAGCAGAAUGAAAUAUCGAAACCUUUUCUCGAUACGUGCCCGGAGUGGAAGAAGCUGAAUGAGAAGCUGCGGAAACGGUGGAACUACCCGAAGUACUCGUGCCCCUUCAAGCACGGCAAUAAAUAUUUCUUCUUCAUGAACACGGGGCUGCAGAAUCAGGAUGUCCUUUACGUCCAGGAUAAGCUUGACGGUGAACCGAGAGUGUUUCUCGAUCCGAACACGCUGUCCACCGAUGGUACGAUUGCGCUCGUCGGGUCGCGCUUCUCGGACGAUGGCCAGCUGUACGCGUACGGACUCAGUCAGAGCGGUUCCGAUUGGACCAAGCUGAAGAUCCGCAACGUCGAGACCGGCGAGGACUUCCCGGAAACUAUCGAGCACACCAAGUUCGUGACGGCCUCCUGGACGAAGGACCACAAGGGUUUCUUUUACGCGCGCUACCCGGCCGUCGAUGGGAAGGCGGACGGUUCCGAGACGGCGGCGAAUGAAAAUCAAAAGCUGUACUACCAUCGGGUUGGCGAAUCCCAGGACAAGGACGUGCUGAUCGCGGAGUUUCCCGAAGAGCCAUCGUGGCGAUUGAUGCCGGAGGUUUCGGAUUGUGGCAAGUAUCUGAUGCUUUUCAUCAUGAAGGGUUGCAAGGAUAUGCUGCUGUACUUUAGCAACCUGGAGAAGGCUGGCAACCUUGAAUCGAAGCUCGACUUUGUCAAGGUGGUCACCGAGUUCGAUAGUGACUACGAUUACGUUACCAACGAGGGUAGCAUUUUCUCGUUCCGCACGAACAAGGGCGCCCCGAACUAUCGGAUCGUGAACAUUGACUUUGACCAGCCGGCCAUGGAGCACUGGAAAACGCUCGUCGCCGAGCAUCCGAAGAAUGUGCUCGAUUGGACGACGUGCGUCAACAAGGAUCGGAUCGUGCUCGGGUACAUCGAUGACGUGAAGUCGCUGCUCCAGGUGCACAGCCUAGCCGAUGGCGCGUUCGUGUCCAAGUUUCCGCUCGACAUCGGUACCGUGGUUGGGUUCAGCGGGAAGAAGAAGUACUCGGAAAUUUUCUAUCACUUCGUUUCCUUCCUGACACCCGGUAUCAUCUACCACUAUGACUUUGAGGGUAGUGGCGCCGCCAAGGAGGAGUCGAAGGAAGGAUCCGCCGAAGCGGUAAUGAAACCGACCAUCUUCCGUGAGGUAAAGAUCGAGGACUUCGAUAACAGCCAGUACACGGUGGAGCAGGUGUUCUACCACAGCAAGGAUGGCGAAAAGAUCCCGAUGUUUAUAGUGCAGCGCCGACAGGACACAAAGGAACACAAACCGUGUCUGCUGUACGGUUAUGGAGGAUUCAAUAUCUGCGUGCAGCCGUCGUUUAGCAUCACGGGACUGGUGUUUAUCGAUUCGUUCGAUGGAAUUCUCGCGUACCCGAACAUUCGUGGUGGAGGAGAAUACGGUGAAAGAUGGCAUAAUGCUGGUCGGCUUCUGAAGAAACAGAACGUGUUCGACGACUUCCAGUAUGCCGCUCAGUUUCUGGUGGAGCAUGAGUACACGCGCCAUGAAAAGAUCGCCAUCCAGGGUGGUUCAAACGGAGGCCUGCUCGUGGGUGCGUGUAUCAACCAACGGCCAGAUCUUUUCGGUGCUGCCAUCGCGCAAGUUGGUGUAAUGGAUAUGUUGCGCUUCCACAAGUUCACGAUAGGACGUGCCUGGGUGUCCGAUUACGGCGAUCUCAACGAGAAGGACCACUUCGAGAAUCUGCUGCGCUACUCGCCACUGCACAAUGUGCGCACGCCCACCACCGAGAAGGAACAGUAUCCGGCGACGCUCGUGCUGACCGCCGACCACGACGAUCGCGUUAGUCCGCUUCACUCGCUCAAGUUCAUGGCGGCCCUUCAUCAGGCCGUGAAAGACUGCGAACACCAAAAGAACCCGCUGUUGUUGCGCGUCUACAGCAAGGCUGGCCAUGGCAUGGGUAAACCGACGGCGAAGAAAAUCGAAGAAGCGACCGACAUCCUGACGUUCAUGUACAAAACGCUCGGGCUGAAGUUGUCGUUCUAAUUCAACAAAACUUCGAAAGGAAACAAACAAUCCCGGAUAACGAUCCACUCCUGCGCUCGAGUCAAAUACAGUAUAGGAGAUUAAAAAACGUAUUGUGUGAAUGUGUGUGUUGUGUGUAAGCUUGCAUUCAGUAUCGCCCAUUUUAUGGGAAAGAGGAGUCCUACGAGAAAAUGGCGGGAAAUGUUAAUUUCGGAAAUAGUAUCCCUUCGUUCAGCAAUCACAUUUUGUAGCAUGCGGCGGAUGCUCGAGCAUUGGCAGGCUACGUGAUGCUUCCUUUUAAAGCUAUUAAUUACAUUCGCCUAUGGUUUAUGCGCAAAAUAAACAAAUUGUUUACAAUGAAAUGUUUG